AGGCUGUACAGCUUGCCCCCACAACAACAUCUUUUUUACAAAAUGUUAUUUUUAAUAGAAAAUAUAUAUUUACUAAAGUAUAUAUUUUUAGAAAUCACAUGCAUCUUCUCUAUUUACACAUGGAUUUUAUGUUUCAAAAUACAAGGAAAAAAUUCUUCGUGUUCUACAUAGUAGUCCCAUACACAGGUACAAAAUUCUACUGAAAUCCCUUGAAACCAUAGUGUAAGAAAAAGCACAUUGUUCCUGAAAUAUUAAUUUCUUUUCAGAAGUAGAUAAUUAAAAUACUUAAACAUAUCUUAAAAUAAUUUAUAAGCCCUUGGAAAAGCCUGAUAAGAUGAGAAAAUUUAAAAUCAGGAGGAAUAAUUUUCCCCCAUUAAAAUUAAGCAGGAGCCUACUGAAAUUAAUUUAUUUUGCCCAUGCUAAGAUUUUAAAUGGUGAUUGCCACAGAGACAGAGUUGUUGGAUAUGGGUUACAGCAGACAGGAGCAUGAGAGAAUGUUCUGUGUCUUAUUUCGCUUUGAGGCAGAUUCAGAGAGAGGAAACAACAGGCACCCACCGGUCAGGUCUCGUAGUGCUGAUUGGUGCCUGGACAUGUGGUAGCCGUCCACAGGAAGCCCAUCAAAAACCUGCAGAAUACUUUACCACUUACACUAUUUCAACUUAUCAGUAUCACUGACCUUCAGAUAGCUUCACGAAGCUUUUAAAAAAGCUGAACAAAAGUUGCUUUACAGGGGAAACCACCUUGGCGUUGUGCUAGCUUCAAACCCACGCGCCCUGAAGGAAAGCAUCUAUCUUGCCCAAGCAUACGUGCAGCAAUGAAUCUGGAUACACAUCCAAAAGAAAACAGAAGGACUAAUCCUGCUAAUACUUACCAUUUUAACAAAGAUCUGACAAUGAAGGGCAAGAGCAAUUUACAAUCUUCCUCCAAGGUAUCUGAGGAGGAAGAAGGUGAUUAUGAGACUGUGAGUUCUUCCACUCUGGAGGCCAUCCAUGCUUUGAGAAUCCUUCCUGCCAAACCUCUACAAGAAUCUGAAUAUGCAGAUAAACGUUGUUUAAGGCCCUCAGGUACCACUUCCCCAGUGAACAGCCAGCACACAGCUAGGCCCCCUCCAUUCUCAGCUAAACACAUGUCUGUUCUGGAGGAGAGGAGCGUGCCAAGUGUUAGAGGAGAAAGAAUGAAAAUACAUGGACCCCAGGACCCUGUGCCUCCCCCACGGCCUCUGAAGACACUGCCAAAGCAGUAUCAGCCCCUUCCUCCAGAGCCGAAGAUAAGCAGCCAGUUCUUUCACACGAGGAAAACACUCAGCCAAGCUCACACCUUUCCAACGUCAGCAAAAGCCACAAGACAUCUAUCUGUUAAGAAAAUAAACGAAGCACCUGGAAGAGAACAAGUUACAGAUUUGGGGAAGAAAGCUGAAACAUCUUUUCAAGCACAACAGUAUACACCAAAGCAUCAUUCUGAAGCCAGCCUUCAAUGUACGCGGAGCUCUAAAAAUGUUCGCAGCUCAGGGUCCACGUUACAUGCAGAGAAUUUGUCAGUGAAGAGGUCACCAUCUCCGACGCCACACACAGCACCCAGAAACAAAUCAAAACAUUCACUUCUAGAAUGGGAAAUGCAACCUCCUACCCAACCCAUUGAAAAGGAUUUAAACAAAUAUGAAUGGUACAUUGGAGAUUAUGAUCGCCAUGAAGCAGAGAAGGCACUGUUACUGGAAAACACUGAUGAGACAUUCUUGGUUAGAGAUUGUUCAACGAAAUCAAAUGCUGAACCAUAUGUUUUGGUUGUCUACUAUGGAAGCAGGGUAUACAACAUUAAAGUACGUUUUCUGGAAGAGAGUCAACAAUAUGCACUGGGAACAGGGCUCAGAGGAGAUGAUAAAUUUAAUUCUGUGAAAGAAAUCAUUGACUUCUACAAAUAUGUUCCCAUCACACUCAUUGAUGGAAAGGAUAAAUCAGGAAGCCAGAGAGAACAAUGCUACCUGACACAUCCAUUCAAGUGGCGUAAAAGAUGUUUUCUGCCUUAACGUCACUGAUUUGUUUGUAUAGAUGCCAACACAAAAAUUAUUUAGAUGUCUCAAAAAUCGGACUAGCCGGAGUGAGGAGCUCCCCAUAAUACUCUGAAACAUUCUAGAUGCUCCGCUAAAAACACUUCUCUCCACUGAGAACACAGAUCUACUCCCAUUUUUUUAUUCUAUUUGUUUUUAAAUUU